UUGUGUGCUCUGCUGCUUCAGUGGACGACGGACAGGUGAAAGUGUUCUGUUGUGUGAUUCUGAAAGAAAAUUCCCGGUGAAGCUGUGAUCUUGUGCGGAAAUAUGGCCAGCCGAAUUUGCCAACUAUCGCGCGUUGUGCUGCGCGGACAGCAGCAACUGAAGCAGAUUACUCUGCUCGAAUCGCGAGCCCUGGCCACCACUGCCAAGGCUAACAAAGAUGUUGGUUUCCGUACCGAGUCGGACACCUUCGGCGAGCUGAAGGUACCGAACGACAAGUACUAUGGUGCACAGACCGUUCGUUCCACGAUGAACUUUCCCAUCGGUGGACCCACCGAGCGAAUGCCACAACCGGUCAUCACAGCCAUGGGCAUUCUGAAAAAGGCGGCCGCCCUCGUUAACCAGGAGUACGGUCUGGACCCGAAGAUCGCCAGUGCCAUCUCCCAGGCCGCCGACGAUGUUAUCUCGGGCAAGCUGUACGAUGAUCACUUUCCCCUGGUCAUCUGGCAGACCGGUUCCGGCACCCAGAGUAACAUGAACGUCAACGAAGUGAUCAGUAACCGUGCCAUCGAACUCCUCGGUGGAACUCUCGGUUCCAAGACCCCAGUCCAUCCGAACGAUCACGUAAACAAAUCGCAAUCCUCAAACGAUACCUUCCCGACUGCCAUUCACGUUUCGGUGGCUCGUGAGCUUACCGGAAAUCUGAAGCCAGCCAUCCAAACGUUGCACGAUGCUUUGAAGGCCAAGUCGAAUGAAUUCAAAGACAUUAUUAAGAUUGGUCGUACUCACACUCAGGACGCCGUUCCACUAACGCUGGGACAGGAAUUCAGUGGAUACGUCCAGCAGAUGGAAUUUGCUCUGCAGCGAAUCGAUUCUGUCCUGCCCCGUGUCUAUAUGUUGGCUCUCGGUGGCACUGCUGUCGGAACUGGCCUUAACACGCGCAUUGGUUUUGCCGAAAAAUGCGCUGCCAAGAUUGCCGAACUGACCGGACUGCCAUUCGUCACUGCCCCGAACAAGUUCGAAGCGCUGGCCGCUCGUGAUGCGAUGGUAGAGGUUUCCGGCUGUCUGAACACGAUUGCCGUCAGCUGUAUGAAGAUCGCCAACGAUAUUCGAUUUCUGGGAUCGGGUCCACGUUGCGGUUUGGGUGAGUUAAGCCUGCCAGAAAACGAACCCGGUAGCUCAAUUAUGCCCGGAAAGGUCAAUCCAACGCAGUGCGAAGCCAUGACGAUGGUUUGCGCUCAGGUUAUGGGAAACAACGUGGCCGUCACCGUCGGUGGAUCCAACGGACACUUUGAGCUGAACGUUUUUAAACCGUUGGUGGUGUCAAAUGUACUCAGAUCGAUCCGACUGUUGGCCGAUAGUACGCGCACCUUCAGCAAGAACUGCGUGGUCGGCAUUGAAGCCAACCGGGCGAACAUCGACAAGAUCAUGAACGAAUCUCUGAUGUUGGUGACGGCCCUGAACCCACACAUUGGUUACGAUAAGGCGGCCAAGAUUGCCAAAACGGCUCACAAGGAGGGAACCACGCUCAAGCAGGCUGCCCUCAAGUUGGGCUACCUCAACGAGCAACAAUUCAACGAAUGGGUGCGCCCGGAAAACAUGCUGGGACCUAAGUAAGACCGAUCAGGUAACGUACCAGUUUCAGUUUUGCCUUUCUUUAUUUUAUUUCGUUUAUUUCAAAUGCAAAAAAUGAUCAUUUCUGUAUCGUACUGUAAAUGGAAAAUCAAACAUGAAUCGUA